CCUAAUAAAUACCCCCACAAGGCCAUAACCUUUUCUCCUUCUCCCUCUCCACCAAGCCUACAGUACUCUAAAUCUUUCAGGUAUAAAAUCCUUUUCAAGACCCUUCAUUUUCCACAACAAGAAGUUAGAACUUCCUUCUUUAUAUUUCUUUGCCUUAUAAAAACUAGAGUCUCUCUAAUGGCUACAUCUUCUCUCGCAAUUUCUCCAAGAAAGCUCCGAUCUGAUCUAUACUCCUAUUCCUACCAAAAUGACUCAAACACCCCACUAGUCAUUUCUGUUCUUGCUUCUCUUAUUGAGAGAACCAUGGCAAGGAAUGAAAGAAUUGUCAAGAACUGUACAUGGGCUUUAUCUAAGGAUAUCAGAACUCGAGUCUUUGAUUGCCAUGAGACACCGGACUUGACAAUUCAAUCUUAUCUUGAGAGAAUUUUUCGAUACACUCGUGCAGGACCUUCAGUUUAUGUCGUUGCAUAUGUUUACAUUGAUCGGUUUUGCCAGGCUAAUCCAGGGUUUAGAAUCAACUCAAGAAACGUACAUAGGCUUCUUAUUACGACUAUCAUGGUGGCUUCUAAAUACGUUGAAGACAUGAAUUACAGGAAUUCUUAUUUUGCAAGAGUUGGGGGAUUGACAACCAAUGAAUUGAACAAGUUGGAGCUUGAAUUCGUUUUCUUGAUGGGUUUCAAAUUGCAUGUGAAUGUUAGUGUUUUUGAGAGUUAUUGUUGUCACUUAGAAAGAGAAGUUGGUAUUGGAGGUGGAUAUCAUAUAGAGAAGACAUUGAGAUGUGCAGAAGAAAUCAAAUCAGGGCAACAAGAAGAGAAAAGAUAUAAUCAGAUUGCUCGAAUCAUGUUGUAGAGUAAUUUUGUUCUUGAAAUUUUGCCUGGCAUGACGGUACUGGCUAGGGUGUUUCUUGUUUGUACAGAUUGAUGUGUAAAAUAUAUAAUGAUUUCUUGGGA